GUGUGUCACAGACUUUACUCCAAUUUUCCCGCGAAUUGUUGGAAAGAUUAGGUUAAGUCCGACUCUGAAAAGCAGACGACGGGCUUCACAUAUACCAAUAUGCUUACUUAUGUAUUGUAUGAUAAUGUAUAUGGCCGAUACAGAACACGUGUUUCCUCGGCUUGCAUCAUUUACAUCAUAUGUCGAUUCAUCAUGAAUGGUACAAGUUUUGGCAAACAUACAUGAUCCAAAAUAUUCAGUAUUCGAUAAUAAUUGUUGUCCUCGUCAAUGAUUGUGUGAAUACUUUUUCUGCCGAAAGAUCUGGCACGUGAUAUAAGGUAAUCUUUUGAUCAGAGAACCACUUUUCCUACUUAUCAGCUCGAUGACGUUUCUUGAAAUCUUCUCAUUAAUCGGACCUAACGUCGAGACGGAGCAUAACGUGAUAAGGAAAUGUUUCACGAACAAAAAGAGUCCGCACCGAAUCUUUCGAAGAGAGAUAUCUUAUUUACAUCAUUUAUCUCAGGUGCUCUUGCAGGAGUCGUUUGUGACGUGACACUUUUCCCAUUGGAUACCCUGAAAACGCGUUUGCAAAGUCAACAUGGAUUUUUCCAAUCCGGCGGUUUCAGGUACCUGUACAAAGGCAUAGGGCCUGUAGUACUAGGUUCAGCUCCGUCAGCUGCUAUAUUUUUUAUUACUUAUGAAGGAAUAAAACAAUAUUCGCAACCAUAUGUACCAAAUCAGUAUCAUUCCAUCAUUCACAUGAUCGCAGCAUCAUCUUCUGAAAUAACUGCCUGCUUGGUUCGAGUACCAGUCGAGGUAAUUAAACAAAGGAAACAAGCGCUUUUGUCUGAUACGCAUCGACUGAAAUUAAGAACAUUAUAUCGCGGUUAUGGAAGCACUGUCCUUCGGGAUUUGCCAUUUGGUGUGAUUCAAAUGCCAUUAUGGGAAUAUUUCAAGCUUUAUUGGACCCAACAAAUAGAACGGGAAUGCACACCCCUGGAAGGUGCCACUUGCGGAGCUGCGUCAGUUGCUAUAUCAGCCGCCAUAACGACGCCAUUAGAUGUUGCAAAGACCAGAAUUAUGUUAUCUAGUACAUCUGCAGAAAAAGAGGAAGUUAAAAUAUCGACAAUGUUGAAAGAGGUUUAUAGACACUACGGUUUUAAAGGGUUGUUUGCUGGUUUUCUCCCGAGAGUAACUGGUUUUACUAUGGGUGGGUUUAUAUUUUUUGGUGUUUAUGAACAAGCUAGAGAAUUUUAUAUAUCCUACUUAGUUAGUGAAGCCUUAGUUAAGUGAACAAAUUAUAAAAAAGUUAUGUGAAUUAGAUACCACAUUAGACCAGUAAAUGAGUUUUCUCACUCACAAUCAGUAAUGUUCUACUGGGAUUAAUUCCAAAAGAAUGUUAAAGAAGGAUGAAAUGAUAUAUCAUGCACAUCGUACAUGAAACGGAACGCACGGGC